AUGGACCAUCCCAGAAAUGAUCGUCACCGUCUUGACCCUCUAGAUUCCGACAGCAGUGACAAUGAGGAAUCAUGCACUGCUGCAAAUGUGUCACUUCUAGCUGAAGACACAGACGACGGCCAGGCCUCAGAGGAACAAUUGACUCCUCUUCAGCCUUACACAUUGCAAGUAAGCUCUUCUAUCACUGCUACACACAUGUAUGUGGCUGCCCAUGCUGCACUGUCGCCAAUUUUGCUGGCUACAGGUGCUACGACCAUUGGCUCCGUUAUGGACGGUGACUUGCUUGUAGGAACUCUCGCGAGUACGAAGCAUCAGCUGAUUGUUGCCAUCAUUCCGGGCCUUCGUGCGAAGCAUUGCUAUAUGUUAGCCCGCUCGCUGCUAAACCUGCUCUCUAAACCCUCGCAAGUGCUGCAUAUAUACACCGCAAUUCCGCAAAUAUCGCUUGAACAAUCCUAUUCCACCUUGUCUACAUCGACUUCAAGCAAUCAGAGUACCCUGAAAGUACCGGCGUUCCUCCAAGGCAUCGAAGCUGCACUAUUAGCAUUGGCCGAGGAGGUCAAGCUUGACGCCACUGCCUACGUUUUCAAUCAGAACCCGAGUAGAGACGGAGAGCGUUCUAUCGACAUCAGGAGUGCUAUCCAGCUUGUGGAGUCGGAGACAGGCGAUUCCCUUGAUCUCGAUACUGGUCGCAAGGCCUACCAGAGGCUCAUCAAAGCAUCCAAAGGUCGGCCACCAGAGAUGUACUCUUGA